AACUGGGACGAUGUGGUGCGAAUCGGUGCUGCUACGUCGACAGGAGAGCCACAGAGCUGUAAACCGAUUUCUCGAGCUUCGCAGAGAAGGAUGUAGCUGGGCAGGAAGCGGACAGUACAGGACACUCACUAGACAUACUUCGUAGCUGUCAGAAUAUAGCUCAGUGUGUCAGUCACAUCAGAAAUAUUACUUCACGUCAUGGGAGAGAUAAUAUUUGGUCAUAUAAUCACACAGCCUGGAUGUUUUGUGUAACGGACACAAGAAGACGUCCCUGUAAAAGGAAUUAUUUAUGGUUUGGGAAGGUUUUAUGGGAGUAGCUUGCUAGCAACUUUGCUGGCUCGUCGGAGGACAUUUUGCAAGGAUGCUACGGUGGAUAAGGCAACAGCUGGGCUUUGACCCUCCCCAUCAAAGUGACACCAGAACGGUUUACAUUGCAAACCGCUUUCCUCAACAUGGCCAUUAUGUCCCUCAGCGGUUUGCAGACAACAGAAUCAUAUCAUCCAAGUACACCGUUUGGAAUUUUGUUCCCAAAAACCUGUUUGAACAGUUCAGAAGAAUAGCCAAUUUUUAUUUUCUCAUCAUAUUCCUGGUUCAGCUAAUGAUAGACACCCCCACUUCCCCUGUCACCAGCGGACUUCCUCUGUUCUUUGUCAUCACAGUAACUGCCAUCAAACAGGGCUAUGAGGACUGGCUGAGGCACAAGGCGGACAACGAGGUGAACGGGGCGCCUGUGUUUGUGGUGCGCAGUGGCAGUCUUGUGCAGACCCGCUCAAAGAACAUCCGAGUGGGGGACAUAGUCCGGGUGGCCAAAGAUGAGACGUUCCCAGUGGACCUGGUCCUCUUAUCAUCAGACCGAGCUGAGGGGACAUGUCACAUCACCACCACCAGCCUGGACGGAGAGACUAAUCUAAAGACUCACUACUCUGUGCCGGAGACGUUGGUAUCUCAGUCGGUGUCCAGGCUGGAGGCCCUACAUGCUGUGCUGGAGUGUCAGCAGCCAGAUGCAGAUCUGUAUAGGUUUGUCGGGCGAAUAACUGUAACACAACAAGGAGAAGAGAUUGUAAGACCCCUUGGACCAGAAAACCUACUGCUUCGAGGAGCAAGAUUAAAAAAUACCAAAGAAAUUUUUGGUGUGGCAGUUUACACUGGGAUGGAGUCCAAGAUGGCCCUGAACUACAAGUGCAAAUCCCAGAAGCGCUCUGCAGUGGAGAAGUCCAUGAACACCUUUCUGCUCAUAUACCUGGGCAUCCUGCUGUUUGAGGCGAUCCUCAGCACCAUCCUGAAGUACGCCUGGCAGGCUGAGAACAAAUGGGACGAGCCCUUCUACAACCAGAAGACAGAGCAGGAGAGAAACAGCAGCCAGAUCCUGAAGUUCAUCUCUGAUUUCCUGGCAUUUCUGGUCCUCUACAACUUCAUCAUCCCCAUCUCGCUCUACGUCACUGUGGAGAUGCAGAAGUUCUUGGGCUCGUUUUUCAUUGGCUGGGACUUGGACCUCUAUCACGAGGAGAGCGACCAGAUGGCUCAGGUCAACACAUCCGAUCUGAACGAGGAGCUGGGACAGGUAGAAUACGUAUUUACGGAUAAAACCGGCACCCUGACGGAGAACGAGAUGCUGUUCCGUGAAUGUUCAAUCAACGGUAUCAAAUAUCAGGAAAUCAAUGGAAAGCUUAUACCUGAGGGAAUGACGGAUGACUCGCCUGACCGAUCUGUGCCUCCUCUGAGUCGGGAGGAGUUGCUGUUCUUAAAGGCAGUGUCGCUGUGUCACACAGUGCAGAUCAGCUAUGAGCAGCCAGGCGACGGCCUGGGGGAUCCCUUCUCCCACGCAAACGGCUUCUCCUCCCAGAUGGAGUACUAUGCCUCCUCGCCGGACGAGAAAGCACUGGUGGAAGCCACGAAAAGGAUGGGGGUAAUCUUCAUUGGUAGCCACGGAGAAACUAUGGAAAUAAAAACAUUUGGAAAGCCAGAAAAGUUUAAACUGCUCCAUGUACUAGAGUUUGAUGCAAACAGAAGGAGAAUGAGUGUCAUAUUACAGACACCCACAGGGGAAAAAGUACUAUUUACAAAGGGAGCGGAGUCCGCUAUUCUUCCUUUUACUACAAGUGGAGAAAUCAACAAAACAAGAGUACAUGUAGAUGAAUUUGCCUUGAAGGGCCUGCGGACAUUGGUGGUGGCCUGCAGACACUUCAGUGUGGAGGAGUAUGAGGAGGUGGACCAGCGGCUCCACAAGGCUCGCACGGCCCUGCAGCAGAGAGAGGAGAGGCUGGCCGAAGUCUUUAGCUUCAUAGAGAAGGACCUGGAGCUGCUGGGAGCCACUGGGGUGGAAGACAAGCUGCAGGAGAAGGUCCAGGAGACCAUUGAGGCGCUGCGCCUGGCCGGGAUCAAGGUGUGGGUGCUGACCGGGGACAAGCACGAGACGGCGGUCAGUGUCAGCCUCUCCUGCGGCCACUUCCACCGCACCAUGAACAUCCUGGAGCUGGUGCAGCAGAAGUCUGACAACGAGUGUGCCGAGCAGCUCCGACAACUGGCAAGGAGGAUCAAAGAGGACCAUGUGAUCCAACAUGGCCUGGUGGUGGACGGGGCCAGCCUGUCUCUGGCACUGCGGGGGCACGAGAAGCUCUUCAUGGAGGUGUGCAAGAACUGCUCUGCCGUGCUGUGCUGCCGGAUGGCGCCCCUGCAGAAGGCCAAGGUGGUGAGAUUGCUGAAAACAUCUCCAGAGAAACCCAUCACUUUAGCCAUUGGGGAUGGAGCCAAUGAUGUCAGCAUGAUUCAAGAAGCCCAUGUUGGCAUAGGAAUUAUGGGCAAGGAGGGAAGACAAGCAGUACAAAACAGUGACUAUGCAAUAGCAAGGUUUAAAUUCCUUUCCAAAUUGCUGCUUGUCCAUGGCCACUUCUACUACAUUAGAAUAGCAACCCUUGUACAGUACUUUUUUUACAAGAAUGUGUGCUUUAUUACGCCCCAGUUUUUAUACCAGUUCUUCUGUCUGUUUUCACAACAAACUCUGUAUGACAGCGUCUACCUGACACUCUACAACAUCUGUUUCACCUCCCUGCCCAUACUGGUGUACAGCCUGUUUGAACAACUGGUCCAUCCUCAUGUGCUGCAGAGCAAGCCAGUGCUCUACAGAGACAUCAGCAAGAACUCCCUCCUCUCCUUCAAGACCUUUUUGUACUGGACACUGCUGGGCUUCUGCCACGCAUUUGUCUUCUUCUUUGGUUCCUACAUCCUGAUGGGGGAGGACACGUCUCUCAAUGGGAAUGGACAGAUGUUUGGAAACUGGACAUUUGGCACUUUGGUAUUCACAGUAAUGGUCAUCACAGUUACACUGAAGCUGGCCUUGGAGACCCACUUCUGGACGUGGAUGAAUCACUUUGUUACCUGGGGCUCCAUCGCUUUCUACUUCAUCUUCUCCAUGUUUUAUGGGGGAAUCAUCUGGCCUUUCCUUCACACCCAGGACAUGUACUUUGUCUUCGUCCAGUUGCUGUCCAGCGGCUCUGUCUGGUUCGCAAUCAUCAUCAUCAUCAUCACCUGCCUUUUCCCUGACAUCAUCAAGAAGGUGUUCUACAGGCACCUCCAGCCCACCAGCACCCAGAAGUCUCAGCUUAUUGAGACCAACUACCAGGGCAUCGGCUGCGUGGACUCCAUGUGCUGCUACUCGGAGGGGGAGAACGGAUGCAGCCGGCUGGGCCGGAUGGUGGAGCAAGUAAUGGGCCGCUGCGACCCUGCCUGCGCUAACAGAUCGAGGAGCAACUCGGACCCCUUCUAUUCCAACGACCGGAGCAUCUUGACGCUCUCCCCCAUGGAGGCCACUCAUUGCUAAGGUAGCAGAGAGCAGUUGUCCCGCCAGGUGCCCCGUCCCGCCCUGCCCCAUGGCCACACAGAGGGACUACUCACUGCACGGCCCAGGGCUGACCACCUCAGUGGACAGUCAGACUAUAUCUCAAGAGAAGAAUGUUGAAAGCCAUGAGGCUCUGCACCACCACUUUGUGAGAGAUGCUGCAUUUGCCUCUGUUCUGUUCCUGUAAAUAAUAAAAGGGAAUCAGACCAAAGAAGGAUUUGUCAGACUUAAGUGGGGAAAAAACAUGGUCUACUACUUUGCGCCUGUAGGUUAGUGCUGCUCCUGCUUCACCACCUGACUAUCUGAAAGGUCUGCCGCCUUUCCUGAGGAAAUUAGGUGGACCUUUUUAAAGCCAUACCUUCCAUUUUUACUACCUGAUUUUUCAAGGUAUGAAAAUGUGAAAGCAGUUAGGUCAGGUCUCUUUUUUUUCUUUUUCCCUGAAAUGCCUUUUCUGCUCAGAUUUGUUAGCGUUGCGUUUGUUCCGAAAUGUCGACAGGAGAAUGUCCCUAUAAUAGCUUCCUAUGAGAGAUGUGUUGUUCCACCAAUACGGUGCCUUUUGAGAAGUGUAACUUGGUCCCCCAAAAAAAUUGUCACCUAAUUUUAACAUUUUGUCAUUAAAAAUGUUCAACUUAAUAAAAAAAAAAAAACUUUUUCCCAUCAAGAGGUUAAAUAACAAAAUUACUAUGGUAAGUGCCAAAUAAAGUAUCUGGGGGGUGUCAAUUGUGCAACAGGGAGUGGCAAUUGAAUGCUGGCUUCACGUAUGUAUGUAUCUUUUUUUCCUUCUCAACAUUUCUAGCCUCUACAGAUAACAGGGUUGACGUGUUAUGCUCAAAUCACUGUUUUCCACCACAAAACACCAGAUAAUGGCCCCCCAAAAAUAAAGGAAUAGUUUCACCAUAUUAAUGGGCAAAUCCACUCAAAACUGUUUUUUUAAUGAAUCACUGAUAACAUAAAAUAAAAACAUUUCUGAAAUGCAAAGCAACUAAAUAAGUAGGGCUUUACAAUGAUGGUAAAACUUGGAGAAAUAUUCAGGUUAAGUGGGUUAAAAUCAUCUUAGAGGGUGCAGAGGGACAUGUCAAAAUGCUUAAUUUUGGCAAGUCUUUAUUCAAAAUAAAAUCAGAUUUAUUGAAUUUUCCAUGUGUUCUAUAUUAAAGGGCACUUCAUUUAAUAUAUACAGGCUUUAAAAUUCAAUAUUGGUGCACAAUUUCUACUUACAAUAUCAAUGGGUCACAAAAGGCACUCUUUUCAUGGAACAACCCAGAUAUGAAAUAGCUGCCAAGAUGACAUAAAAUAAUAGCUUUCACAUCUAGUUGUUUUCAAAGCCACAAAUGUGUUUUUGUUUGCCUUUCACUAAUCAUUGCCUAUCAUCAUUUGAAUCAUGUUUUUAUUUGUUUUGUUAGUCUCUUACUAACCACUUGUUCAUGUUUGUAUUUAUUUCCAUCUCAUUACUGGUAAUAGGGCAGGCGAGAGCCUCACGGACUGAACGCAACUGCUUUAGCUCUCUGUAUCCUCUUUAGCUUUUGGGGCCUUUAGCCCACAAUAAUGGAAAUGCCUGAGUCGAGGGUCAUUGAGACAACCGUUUUAAACUUGCUAUCAAUGACAUACAUAUUUAUUCGAAUAUUGCCGAGAUACAUAAUCAUGGGAUUUUAUAUGGUUACUAUUUUUAGCCGUUACAUACCUCUCAGUAGCUUGAAAUGGGAGACACUUGUCCAAGAAGUCAGUGGAGCUUGAUAUUUAUUUGCAUGGUACCAAUAUUCGUAAUUAUAUCUGGCACUACUAUUGAUCAUGGUCAGCAUUGGUCAUAUCUGAUGAAGUGUACUUGUUUGCUACAGUUGUUACUCAGUUUUGAUAUAAAUGCAGCAUUUAGUUCAGAUUGUCACGUUUCAAUCAAUUUAUGAAGGCAAUAUGGAUACGUCUCUACAAGGACACUGAUGUGAAGUCAGCUGUUUAUUUCUCUUGAUCAUGUUCAUUAAAAAAAAAAAUUAUUGUACUCCUGUCAGUGAAGUGGGUUGAUUGCUGAUGUUUAAAGCAAAUUCUAUUUACGGAAUAAAUAUGUUUUUAAAAA